AUGUCUGCUCGGAACAGUUCAGACUGGCUUUACGGCUUUCAGACUGGAACUGAUUGGUUCUUGACGUGUGGCGGGGCGUUGCAACGCGCCAUCGCUAGCCUUUACGAUCCACAUGCCCAUUUCCCCUCAACUGUCUUGUUGAUCGGCAAGCGCGAAAAGGAAUCUGCAAUCCAAGCGCUAUUACCAGGGCGUGCCAAUGCAAGAUCACGUGGUAUUGCGCAACUAGAAGCAGAUAGUUCAACGCUAGAUGAUAAGCAUCCGCUUCUGGUUGCAAGUGUAGAUCUAGACAACGCGUGCAGCAAGCAAAAACCAUUGCGGAAGCAGAAUGGACGUCCUCUCCAUAAGAUCAGGUGGCUAUCACAUGAGUCGCCGGCAAGCGAAACCGAUUUUUUUGUGGAAAUUAUCGUCGGAAGGUUACUAUUAUCGUUCAUCGACGUUGUUUGUCUUUUCCUCGAUGAUUUCUCCACUCGUGAGGAAGGUAUCCAAUUCCUGCAACGAUGUACCAAUCAUGCUAGACUUUCAAAGGGCUGGAAGCCUCGGAUUAUUCUCGUCACUAGCAGCACCUACAGGCACAGAGGCUAUUCAGGUCUGCCCACGUUUGGUAGUAUCCAACGCGUAGUACUGCCGGCUCUUCGACGCAAGGCUCCAUCUUCCCGGUUUUUCGCUCUAGAAAGAACCAUACUUUCCGGCGUGGAGAUGGUAAGGAAAAGUAGAAGUGCCUCUAGGAUGCUCUACUCAGCCCAUCAUCUCAACGUCUUUUUCGAGUCCGCAUUAGGACACACUGCAUCAUGCAUCUCCACACCAUUCAACUUUAUCUUAGCCACACGCCAAUGCAAUCCAGUAGAAGACCAUCUCUGGCUCUAUUUACAGAAGUUUUUAAGGCUGUGCAUCGCCAAUCAGAUGAGCCAAGAAGCUACAUUGGAAUACAUGGCUUCUGCAAUCAUGCUUAAUAGUCUUCCGCCAGGCAUGCAUCGUGGCCUAAUCGUGCUCAUGUUCCUUUUGCGCCGGAACAUAGCGGAAUGCAUUACUACCUUCAAAAAGCUGUCGAAACGUGUCUUCUCACCUAGCCAAUCAUUCAGAAAUAGCAUAUUAGCAAAAUUCUACGGCUUUAUAACUACUUUACUGACGGACAGCAUAUACGGAGCUGGCGAGAUAGAAGCAUACGUAAAAGAGGUUUUUGGGUCAGACACUACAUUUUUUAGCUUCUUAGAAUCCGAAGAGCACAUUUCAGGACCAAAAGUAGCGGUUACUACCAUGACCGUGUCCAGUUCGAGACUCUGCAUUCUUUCAAACUAUAAUGGAGUGGGAGUUAGGCAAGGUAGAAGCCCGCGUCCUAGAUUGAUGGCACGGGCAACUUCUGCUGCCCCAUCAUAUUUUCUGGCAAAGUUCAUUCGAGGAUUAGGAUUCCUACAAGAUGGUGGUGCGGGGAAGUAUAAUAAUCCCAUCGACCCGGCUGAGUGGGAGUCCAAAGCCAUCUGGGAUACUGCACCUGACAUGAUUGUUUCGAUAGGAACAGGCUUCGCUCGUGAUCCGGAAUCGCCCGAGGUCAUUUUAAGAAGACUAGGCUUCCGCGACCGCUUCUUUCCACGCUUGUUCCGACUUUUUAAUGCUGAACAUUUGAAUGGAGUUCCCAGAGACGAGCGGCACAAAUACUUCCGCAUCAACAUACCCUUAAGCAAGGAGCCUCUGCUAGAUGAUGUUAGCAAGAUGCCAGAGCUAGAAGGCCUAGCUUCGAACUUUCUCGAGAGCUAUGAUUUCUCUAGUCUCACACAGGCACUUUUUGUUAACUCCUUCUUCUUCGAACUUUUCUCGAAGCCGGUGACGAGGAUGCGGUCAAUAGUUUACUCAGGCUCUAUCCGCUGCCGCAGUCCAGAUACCCGAGCGCUAGUUGAGCGAAUUCUAGAAGAAUAUCCAAACGCUGCCUUUACCACCGAAGACGGUACCAGCUUGGGCCGCAUUGAUAGCUCGAGCAUUUAUGCUACUUGUGGAUAUUACUGCAAGACCGUUCAGUUCAAAGCUUACCAUGUCGACCAGCGCAUAUCUAUUUAUUUACAGUUCAGCAAUCUUGUCCAGCACAACAUCAGUGGAUUUCCACAAUCUUUAGCGCAGCUCAUAAGGCUACAGCUGCUAGAUGCUGAUUUUGGCAGACCAGAUCAUCGAGCCGUGGGCUAUGCGGGUAGGAGUAGACGAGCGGACCGCAAAGCCUUAAGUCGUUUUACUCAAGACGGAAUUAGUAAGCGGAGGCGAUAUAAACAAGCACGUUGCAGAUCGACUAGAACCAUAUAA